AUGGCUCUCUUCUUCUUCUUCUUCUUCUUCUUGUUCUGCUCUCUCUUUCCCCUCUCCAUCUCCUCCACCACCAACACCGCCACUGCCAAUCUCUCCCUCUCUUUCCCUCUCUUAUUCACUCCACACUCCCGCCCCCCAAGCACCACCAACUCUCUCCACGACUCUCUCAUUUCUAGACCCAACAACAAAGCCUACAACUACAAGCUUCCCUUCAAAUAUUCCAUGGCUCCCGUCGUCUCCCUCCCCAUAGGAACACCUCCCCAGACGCAGCAAAUGGUUCUCGACACCGGAAGCCAGCUGUCCUGGAUUCAGUGCCACAAGAAGCUCCCCCGGCCUUCUCCUCCGGCACCCAUGUUCGACCCUUCCCUCUCCUCCACCUUCUCCGUCCUCCCUUGCAACCACCCCAUCUGCAAGCCACGAGUUCCCGACUUUACCCUCCCCACCUCCUGCGACCAGAACCGCCUCUGCCACUACUCCUACUUCUACGCCGACGGCACUCUCGCCGAGGGCAAUCUCGUCAGAGAAAAGUUCACCUUCUCCAGGGCCACCAGCACCCCGCCCUUGACUCUCGGUUGCGCCAAGGACACCAGUGACACCAAGGGCAUUCUGGGCAUGAAUCUCGGCCGCUUGUCCUUUCCUUCCCAAGCCAAAAUUACCAAAUUCUCCUACUGCAUACCGGCUCGAACCGGGUCCGCUUUCCCGACCGGCGCUUUUUACCUCGGUAAUAAUCCCAACUCGGCGGCUUUUCGUUACGUUGACCUGUUGACAUUCGGUCAAAGUCAACGCAUGCCGAAUUUGGACCCCCUGGCCUACACGGUGGUGAUGGUUGGGGUGAGGAUAGGCGGGAAGAGGCUGAGCAUUUUGCCUUCGGUGUUCCGGCCCGACGCGAGCGGGUCGGGUCAGACCAUGGUCGACUCCGGAUCCGAGUUGACUUAUUUUGUGGACGAGGCAUACAAGAAAGUGAAGGAAGAGAUAGUGAGAUUGGUAGGGCCCAAGUUGAAGAAGGGGUACGUGUACGGUAACGUGGCCGACAUGUGUUUCGAUAGCAACAUCGGACCGUUGAUAGGGGACAUGGUGCUGGAGUUCGAUAAAGGAGCGGAGAUUGUGAUAGGCAAAGAACAAAUGUUACACAAUGUGGAGGGCAAGGUGUGGUGCGUGGCGAUCGGGCGUUCUGACAUGAUCGGCGCGGCGAGUAACAUAAUCGGAAACGUUCAUCAGCAGAAUCAUUGGGUAGAGUUUGAUAUAGGAAACCGUAGAGUAGGUUUUGGUAAGGCGGAUUGUGCUAGAUCGGUGUGAAGGUAAUGGUGGACAAAAUGAAGGUCAUUUUCGUAAUGAUGUGAAACAAGAGACGUACAGAGGAGGCAAAGUAGCUAGUUGCCAUGCAAUAAGUAGUGAUAUCAAUGCUUGGACUACUCCAAGAAAACAACAAGCAGAGAUUGAGACGGAUGUAAAUAUAAAGGGUUUGGGAUUGAUUUUUUUUUUNUUUUUCUUUCUUUUUUUUUGAGUAAUGAUCUCUAUCCAUUCUUUCAAGUUUCAUUAAG